AUGCGGCAUAAUGGUGUUAGACGAGAUUACAGCAGUCGACGGAAGACCGAGGCCGAUGUGACGGUGCCUAGGUACGAUGGUUUCAAGUUGCCCGUAACGGGCCGCUUGGUAUCCUUUACCCUGGCGGCCCCUGAUACUGAUGGUGUCCUUGGAUGGGACGUCCAUAUCUGUGACUUUACCGAAGAUGGCCUGGGAGCUGGAUGGAACGGCCAUAGAGGCAUUUUGGAGUGGAACCUUUGUUCAACUGUCUUUCAACCGAGCACAGCCACGUUGUCGAACAUCUUCGGCCGCCGACCCUUAAUCUGUAUAUCGAUCGUGUUCUUCAUCAGAGCACUGGUAACUGCGAUAGCAAGCAAUGUCACCCAGAUCCUAAUUGGCCGAUGCGGCCAAGGAGUGGGCGACGGCGGCCUCGCGAUGCUCUCCGAAGUCAUCCGCCAUGUACAGCCUAGGAUCCGUCCUGGAGCCAAUAGUAGGAGGGGGCUUCUCUGGUGCUGGACCUUCUACGGCAACAUUCCCUUCAUCGGAAUAAACACCAUAUUCGUCCUAUUCUUCUUCCGCCUCGCCACACCCAAGGGGUCACAAAAGCGAAAGCUCCGUCGAAUCGACUACGCCGGAACCAUCCUCUUCGUCGGAAGCAUCUCCUCAUUCCUCAUCCCCCUCUCAUGGGGCGGAAUCGGUGGAGGAGAAAAUAGAUGA